CGGUCAGGCGUCGGCGUCAGGCGGUCACCGAGCGAAAGCAUUUCUCCGCUCGCGACAGCAGAGAGAGCGGGGCGCCAGGCCGUCAGGACACCGAACAGUCAGUUUUUCGUGAUAACGGUUCCCUUCAUACGCAGCCCUCAGAUAAACUGGCCGGGUAAACAACGCGACCCCGCGGUGCCCUGUGUGCUAACACCAGCUAACGAGACCGAGAAGCAAAGGCGUCCUCCGCAGCAGUGUAGCAGUCACCCGACAAACGAUCCCCUGUCAACACGGUCCGCCCGUCUAGCUCGGCGAGAAGACUAGGCAAUCGAAAAUGGCAGAAACUGUCGGCAUCGUUGGAAGUGGCCUCAUCGGCCGAAGCUGGGCCAUGCUGUUUGCUGGAGCUGGCUACAAGGUGCGGCUGUUUGAUAUCCUACCCGAACAGGUUCAAUCUGCCCUGGCUGAAAUAGAAAAGCAGUUGUACGAGCUUGAGAAAUCUAAACUUCUGCGUGGUUCAAGAUCGGCAAAGGAGCAGGUAGCUCUUAUUUCAGGAACAUCCAGUUUGAAGGAAUGCGUUUCAGGUGCAUUGCUUGUGCAAGAAUGCACGCCCGAAGUACUUGCUAUUAAAUUGAAAGCACUCAAGGACUUGGAUGUAGUUGUGGAAGCACCAACCAUCAUUUCAAGCUCAACCUCAACCCAUAUGCCAUCUGUUUUGAGCAAGGAUAUGAAGAACAAAGAGAGAUUCAUUGUUUCCCAUCCUGUUAACCCACCAUACUAUGUCCGAAUGGUCGAAAUAGUGCCAGCACCUUACACUGAAAGCUGGGUCCCACAGAAGGUUCGGUCUAUCAUGCAAGAAUUGGGUCAGGUUCCAGUUUCUUUGAAGAAAGAAGUACCUGGCUUUUCUCUCAACAGAAUUCAGUAUGUCAUCCUCAAUGAAGUGUGGCGUCAAGUGGAAGAGGGUGUUCUGGAUGUAGCGGAUGUUGACAAGGUCAUGUCUGAGGGCCUUGGCCCACGGUAUGCAUUUUUGGGAGCGCUGGAGACUGCUCACCUGAAUGCAGAAGGAAUGCAAAACUACUGUGAAAGAUAUGCUCCAACUAUCUACUCUGUCAGCCAGUCUAUGGGCCCAAUUCCUCACAUGCAGAAUGAAACACUGAAAACAGUGCAUAAGCAGCUGUGUGACAGCAUCCCACUUGAUAAGCUACAGGAAAGAAGGCAAUGGAGGGACACUUGUUUGACGAGAUUGUCAGUACUCAAGCAAGAAAUGGAAGCUAUGCCCAACACAGGUUUAGCCAAGAAGUAGUUCAAAAUUCACCAGUGCCAAGUUAAAUGGAAAUGUGCACAGGGAAAAUGAAGGUCGCAAUGAAGACCACUACAUAAUAGCCCAAUAAUAAGACCUAAAUAUAAAUAACCUCCAGACAAUGAGCUUCCUCUAACAAUGUUAAGUUAUAAUAAGAUUGUCAUAUCAUAAUACACAAUUAAUAAAGCUAGUUAAACCUUAA